AUGACGCGCAUGGUAGUCUAUGGCGCGGCGCUAUCCGUCUUCAUCGUGGCAACCAUACUCACCAUUGUGUCCAUAUUAACGACGCAUUGGCUGGACUACGAAGUCCACAACGUUAACACCGAUACAACUUUCCGACAUACCCUCGGCUUGCACCAUAGCUGUACCUCCGCCAGCGACCCAGCAUGUAGGCCAUUCCCCGAUGAUGACGAUUGCGCCGACGACAAGUUCUUUUGCUCCAUGUGGCGGAGCUCUGGCUUCCUGCUUUCUUUUGCUACGAUUGUCGAGCUUGCUACACUUGUCUCUUUCAUCGUUGUCAUGGCCGGCGGCAAGUUCAAGCGUGAAGAUGGCUGGAAGUUGGUUGGUGGACUGCUUCUGGUCGAUGCUGCGAUAGAGUUUGCUGGGAUGGGCUUGGUGGCCUAUCUGUUCAAUAAUGACCAACAGUUCACUUCGGGUGACUGGAGCCUUGGAUGGUCCUGGAUUUUGUGCACUGUCAGUGCCAGCGUCUCCGUGCUUAUUGCUGCGCUCCUUGCCCUCUCUGCUUGGUUGCUCCCGUCGGAAGACGACUACGAACCAUUAGGAGAUGGAGUCAACGAUAUCUAG